AUGGCUACGUCGAGUGCUACCGUUCCUGCCACGCAUGCUCUGCUAGGGUGGGUACACUGCGUCCUCAACGAGCUGCGGCCCUUCGUCGAGGCGCCGGUCUUCGACCGCUGGCUACAUCACGACAAGGAGGGAAACGCCGAAGACAAAGUCACGGUUAUCGCAAACGCACUGCAGAACCUCUGGGACAUCCGGUCGCCGACUCAUCUGAUCACGAAGGACUUUGGGCGACGGGUGGACGCCUUCCUCGACUCCGUCUUCUUUCGCCGGACGGGGCUUGCGGGCGACAUGGGUCCGGAUGACAGCGAUUUUUGGCGAAUGGUUCGACAUCGGAGCUUGCUAGCGACCCCCCUAGCCAACUUCAUGUCGGCAGUGAACCGCGGAGCGAUACACCGCUAUGGCCAGCCGACGAACCUUUCGGACGAGGUGGACCUUGAACGCCGCAACUUCCGCAUGCAUUGGAAGGGCGAACUCCUGCGUGUGUUGAACUCUUCCAGCACCACUGCCUCAAGCACCGCGGCCCACUCCCUUUUGAAGCCUGAGAUCGGUCGUCGGGUUGCGAUGAUGUACGGAACGUCGAAGGCGAGGUGGGAGAGGAACGCGAGAGCGUUCUGA